AGAUGGGAGGAGGCUCUGAAGCUUUGUUGUUAUAGUAAAGGCUCGUUUUCUCCCACCGGGUCACGUUUCACCGGUGCUGGGACAGAAAACUGCGGAUUUUGCCGUCGGCUCGUUAAAAGAAGACAGAGGCACGCGGGGAAGGAGGCCGUCCGCAGAGCUACCCAGUGAUGGUCUGCUGUAGAAACCAGAUGAUGUGGCUUCAGCUACAGUCUCCAUCCCUCCUAACAAGUCUUUGACACUCUGGAUGAACAUCAGAGCCAGUGCUCGCCCUCUGACCUUAAAUGUAAUCAAGGUCAGAGUCCCUCAUUCCUGCUGUAAUGGAGAAUCACAGCCUGCUGUCCCUCACUGUGGCCUUGCUGGGUCUUCUGAGCCCGUGUCUGACGAGACUGACUCCCAGGGUCUCCUUCCCUAUAGGAAGUCCUGGGAGACAUCUCACCCGCUUCAGUAACCCUGAUGUCAGCAACACCACCACUCUGCUGCUCAGUGAGGAUGGAGACAUGCUGUAUGUAGGAGCCCGGGAUGCUGUGUUAGCGCUGGAUGUUAGCCACAAGGACACCAUCAUCCUGAGGAGCAAGCUGGACUGGAGUCCUUCAGAGAAAGACCUUGAACAGUGUUCCAUGAAAGGCAAAAAAAUGGCUGACUGUCCCAAUUUCAUUCGUGUACUGCAGUUUUUGAAUACCACCCACAUCUAUGCCUGUGGUACAUUUGCCUUCAGUCCACGCUGCACCUACAUUAACUCAGAGACGUUUAUGAUGAGUGUUAAGUCUGAUGAAGGAAGAGGUCGCUGCCCCUAUGACCCCUAUCAACGCAACUCUGCUAUCAUCGUAGAUGGAGAGCUUUAUACCGGAACAGUGGCAGACUACAGGGGGAAUCGGCCAGUCAUCUCCCGGCACCUCAGUGAGGGCAGGCGUGUUGACCUGAAGUUGGAUGAUACAUUAGGAUGGCUGGAGGAUCCAACCUUCAUCAGCUCCACUUUCAUUCCUGAUGAGGAGAAAAUCUACUUCUUCUUCAGUGAAGUGGGCAGAGAGUAUGAUUUCAUCGACAAAUUUAUUGUCUCUCGUGUGUCUCAGAUCUGCAUGAGUGAUGUUGGGGGCCAGCGGACCCUGCAGCGACGCUGGACCACGUUUGCCAAAGCUCAGCUGUUGUGCCAGGCUGACAAUGAGCUGCCCUACAAUGUGAUCCAGGAUAUAGACACCCUCCCACCAGUAGAGGGAGCUCCUGCAGAUGACACACUUUUCUAUGGCAUCUUCACCUCCCAGUGGUCUGUCAACUCUGGACAGUCAGCAGUGUGUUCGUUCCGCCUGAGUGACAUCAAAUCAGUUUUCUCUGGAAACUACAAAGUCCUGAACCGGGACACAUUACAGUGGAGCACGAGGGUUCAAGAGAAGGUGGCAAAUCCAGGAGAGUGUGGCCUGCACAAUGCGUCAGACAACGCCCUGCGCUUUGUCAAAGAGAACUUCCUGGCAGACGACAGUGUGCGGCCAGUUGGAAGGAGUCUGACCUUGGUGUCUGCUGAGCACAGCUACAGCCAUCUGACUGUCCAGAGGGUCCAGGCUGCCAACAACAGAGACUACACUGUCCUGUUUCUGCUAACAGAGUCUGGUUACCUACACAAAGCAGUGCUGCUGCAGAGUGGGGCCCACAUCAUAGAGGAGGUCCAGGUUUUUGAGCAGCCUCAGCCUGUCAGGAGCCUGAAGCUCUCCAUACCCAAGGGUAUGAUUUAUGUUGGCACAUCAGAGGGUGUGGUGAGGGUUCCAACAGCCAACUGCUCUUUCUACUGGACCUGUCAGCAGUGUGUUCUGGCCCGAGAUCCCUUCUGUGGUUGGGACCCUUUCUGCAGGGCCUGUGUGAAGGCCUCUAACACCCAGCCUAGCAUAGGCCAGGACGUAGACAGAGGGAAUGUUGAAGAGGCAUGCAACAGUGUUUCAUUAACACACAGAGCCAGAUUUGGUCCAAACAUACUGCCUGCAGGUGAGCUGGUGUCUGUGUCUCUGAAUGAAGUGGUGCGGCUGCAGUGUCCCGCAGCAUCGCGGCUGUCCCAGCAGCUGUGGGAGCGUCCCAACAGCCGGCUGUCCUCAGAUCUGUACCUGCACCUGGAAGAUGGGAGUCUGAGCUUUGUGGCCACUCCCACCACACUGGGCCACUACCUCUGCCUGUCCACUGAGAACGGGUACCAGCAGACUAUGGCCAUCUAUCAUGUCAAACAGAAGAGCAACCCAGUGGCUCAAACUCCAACCAGCUACACGUGGCCUCAGACACACCGAAUCCCCACCACGCAGGCUGUGGCAAGGCGUAGGCCUGGGCCUGGACUGCAUGCCUCUGUGGGGACUUGGCCUAAAAGAAAAGAAACAAGACAAGGAGAGACUGAGCCAACAGUGCCCAGCAGGGACACUCAGGUGACCACCAGACAGCUGGGCAGAAACUUGACCCUGUGGACAGAGGAAUCUGGGCAGAAAGAGGCAGAGUUUUGGGAUGGUGUACCCCUGGUUUUGGCCCGAGGCCCAUGCUACCUAAAGGAGCUGGUGGUUGUGUCAGUUCUGCUGGUGCUCUGCCUCAGUCUGCUGAUCAUCAUGCUUAUUUAUGUCAUCAGACAGCGAUACCGCAGCCGAACUGCCCCACAGGCAGGGACUCCAACCAGAGACUUGGAUAGAAGGACCCCUGUGGAGCAGGAGGCUCUCAGGGGGAACCAGUUUCUGAGCAAAUGCAAUGGACAAGCCCUGCACAGCGGACAGGCUAGUGGGUUGGUUUGUAAUGGGGCACUCACAGGCUCUAAUGGGCAUUUGCCCAACACCCCCAUCUGAGUAGUCCCACACAUUUAAAGAUGAGACCAGAGGUGGAGGGAGGCUCUCCCAGGUACCAGAGUCACCAUGCUGACUUCCAGUGGGAGAAUCUGUUUGCACAGCCAAUGACGAGGUACAAGCACUGUGGACCCCUGUGAUCCUGAUUGGUAAGCUGGGACCUAGUGGAUGGUAAAAAUUAAAGCCAAUCUUCCUAUGGUACAUAAAUGAAGACGCAUGACUGAUGCUGAAACACAAUAGCUGUGAUGUUCUGAAUAUUAAGUGUGUUUUCAGUUACUAGACAGUGACAAUUAAGACAAAAAGGUACAAGCUGAUUCAGUACAGUAAAAAUAUUUUUAUAGAAUUUUCAUUGUUUGAUGCAAAGUCAGUGACCACUGCAGUUAUCCAUCUCUUUUCAUGGGAUAAUUACAUUGUCAAGAGUUUUUUCAAUACACAUAUGAACAGUAAAUAAUAGAAGAAUAACAUUUUGAAAUGUCCUCUCUCAUAUUGAAAAGAGGAGUCUGGACCCAUGUUCAUUAAACAUUUUAGAAUCAGUAAUUUUACAUACCUUUAGUAAACAUGCAGCCACAGCGUCUCAUGGUGUUUACAUGCACUUCGUUAAACAGCCUACAGUCGUCUUUCUGCAGUCACGUGAUUCUUUAAAUGUCAUGUAAGUAAGAAAUCUGUGGGGCUUCUCAUUUGCCUUCCUUCAUGUGUCUUUGCUCUUCGGGUGACCUGGAAGAAGGAGGCUUCCCAUAGGAGGCUUGAGCGAGGAAACGAGACUGUCCUUCACCAGAAUCUUUUAUCAGACCGAGACGCCUCUUUAUUGGGAGCCUGUUAGUGAUUGGACGCUGACUACAUCACGGCAGCUUUAUACUGUGACAAACAACCGAUUCAACUAUUUCAUUUGUGUUCUGAUUCACCAUUUAGGUCAAAUGAUUGGACCUGUGGUAACUGUAGGGUUGAAUAAUAAAAGAAGCAUUAAACAACUUUUAUCUUUACAUUGUAGGUAAGUUUACCGUUUCAACCUGUAUCAUGAAUAAUAUAGUCAAGGAAAGGCGAGUCGGUUGGCUUUCAGCAGUAAAAAACAUUUUAAUUAAAUAUUAGUUUUUAUGAGGCCCAGCACCCCUGUGUGUCAGGUAGAAAACAUUCACUUCUGUCAUGUUGGAGAAAGUUACUACAACUGUGUGUCCUUAUGAUUACAGGGCAUACAGCUACACACCUGCAAACUAACAGCUAAUCCAGCUGUGUCGUGAUCAUCAGGAAUUGAGGUCACAUGGUGGGUCAGAGGAAAUAACAUGUUGUUUCUCUAAAAGCAUGCUUCUUUGAUUCUUCUCUCCUCACAUAUUUUCCUCGCCAUCUAAGACACAAGUGAGACAAAUGAGAAGCACCCACGGUAAUCUGGGUAGGGAAUUAGACAAACCUGGAGAAAGUCAGUCGUUCCCCAUGUAUACAUGUAACUGGGUUAUUGAUCUGCUUUGCAUGUAAGCAUGAGCAGGACAACACCUAAAUGUAGACAUGUAUCAUCAUCUUCCUAAUAGUUGGAUUGUAAGCCAGACUAAAACUGCACAAAGUAGCCUCAAGAACUCUAAAUAAGUCAGUUCCCACCAGGUAUAUUUACUCUGAGGAAAAACUCUUAAUACAGAGCCUGUCCCCCCACUACACACACAACAUCAGUAAGUGUUGUCUUAUAUCACAGCAACAGUUAAACUGAGUAAGCCAUGGCUCCCAAAUAAUGUUGGGGGUAGGGGAGAAAUCUGAUUACUGCCCUUCUGAGUGUUUACAUAGGUGUUACACUAAGUGGGUUACAGUGCUAUUAAACUUGAUGUUUGAUUUCCUGCUUAAUCUCGUGUGCCUGUAAAUGUACUGACAGAGGGUUUGAUCAUGUUUAUAUGGGGACACCACUUUUUAAAACCAUCUCUUAGUGUUGGGUAUUCUGUUGAAUAUCUGUGGUACAGGAGAUUUCAGGUGCGCUAAGAUCCAUCAGAUCUUGGUUUAAAACAGUAUCUAUAGACCCCCCCGUGGCUGAACAACCCAAAUCACUGCUGCUGUAUUUGUACUUCGUGUUGCACACACGUGUACAUUGUAAGAGCUGGACGCAGUUUGUUUCCGUUGUUAAUAAGUCCCGAAUAACAUUGGGUUGGUAGUUUUUAAAAAAGACAUUUGUGUCAUUCAACACUUGCUGGGAAGCCUGAACAGAGUCACUGCAGGAGGUAGACUCUCCUUGGUUAAGAAAGCUCACUGAAGGCUUUAACUUCUUAGUGGAAAAUAAGGACCAAAUAUAGGACCGAUCUUUUACUCCUGAGAUGCUUCAUAAAUAGAGGCCCUGGUUGGUCAUCAUGCUGACUCUGAAAAAUGCUUGCCUUUGUAAUACCUUCAGCACAAUCAUCAGUUCUUUGUAUAUUGUCUUUUUAAUGUGUUUUGGAUACUGUAUUUUUAAAUAACUAUAAAUUCCUAUGCCACUGGGGUGAAUGGCAAUAUGAAGACCAUUCACUCCAAUGCUCAUUCAGAAGACCAGCUACAUUUUGUGAUGUUUAGAAAAUCUAGAAGGAAUAAAAAUUAUCAACAAA